CCAUCCCCCUCCCCCGUCUCGAAGCAUCAAUCUAGCCGCAGGACUGUGUAGCCGCGCCGCGGGACCACGGAGCCAGGGGAGCACCGGCCACCGGAGCGAGCCGUCCGCCGUCGCGCGGACCAGCCGCCCCCGUCGGUCGUCACCUCGCGGAGCAGCAGCGCACCUUCUCCUCCCCCCCGAGCCAGGUAGGUUCUCUACCAUCCGUGCGGCCGCGGCACCGCGCCGUCGUGCUGCCGGCCAACUGCUUGCUGGCGCAUGAGCGGACGAGCCCUGCGUCGCUCUCCUCCAACUACGAGGCUCCAAUAUCCGAUCCCUGCCCGCCGGACAGAUUUAUUUUUUUGAGGCCAGUCCUGCAGCAGCAGGGCAGCACAGCCUAGGUAGUCAACGCAGGCAGUGAUGGACAAUAGCCUGAUCUUUAUAUAUGCACAAGUAAACUAAUAUCUUCCCCCAAAUUCCCCAUUUUAGAAGAGCAACAAGGAUCGGAGAGUUGAUUUGUGGUGUCUGAGCCUCGGGGUUGGCGUACGGUGGUGCUCAUAGUGCACAGCCAUCACACAAGUUUGCCGGACAGUUGCUCAACAUCCCAUUGAGUUAGUUCCACAACCGGUUGGUUGGCAGAUUCUCGACUUCACUGGACAGCCAUCCAGACAAGAAGAAGCUGGACUUCGACUUCUUCCGGUAUUCAGAAAUCCAAGGGAAGCGAUUCUUUGAGGAAUUGGAUAGAGAUGGUGAUGGCGAAGUUACCCUAGGUCUCAUCCAUGGGUCUGAUUGAUCGACCAUGGGUCUGAUUGCAAUAAGAAAGAGGCGAUAGCCUGAUUGAUCGACCAUGGGUCUCAUCCUCGGCAAGGCCCCUUCUCCCUGUCCGGACCUCCCUCCGGAUCGGGCCGGUCUUAUCCGCGGCAAGGCCCCUUCUCCCUGGCUGGACCUCCCUCCGGAUCUGGCCGGCCUCAUCCUCGGCCGUCUCACUUCGCACGCCGACCAUCUCAGCUUCGGAGCCGUGUGCCGCUCCUGGCGCCUUGCUGUGCAGCACCAGCUGCCGACACGUGGCGCCACGCCAUGGCUCAACCUCAGUCCUGGCACCUACCAGAGCCUCGACGGCAACGUGCUCUGCUUCGGCCGCUGCUGCCACGGCUCCUCCGGCGGCUGGAUCCUCUGCUGCCAUGACAAUAUCCAUGGUGGAGGAGGAUGGUGCUUGUACCUUCGCAACCCUUUCCACGCAUCGGAUGCCCUCAUCGAGAUCCUGUGGCACUGCAAGGAGCCAUCAAAGAUCGUCAUGUGUUCUUCGUUCGUGACGAUUCUUGACGGAGGGACCUUCAUGAUUGCGCCCCUCUGGCCGGCCGACCUGAGCGGAGGCCGUUUGCUUACUGGUGAUGAUUACGUGGACAUGGCAUCUUACCGUGGCAAGAUCUUCACCGUCACGCACUCAGGGGAGCUCUUCUCCCAUGACCUCGCCCGCCAUCGCUGCGAGCAUGUGAUGAAGAUGAGCCCAUCCGUUCAACCCGUGAACAACACCGUCUGCCACCUGGUCGUGUCAGCUGAUAAGAAAAAACUACUGAUGGUACGGUGGAGCAGAAAGGCCAUGUGUGUCGUGGUUGAUGAUCAACGGAGGGCAAUGAAUCUGCAGGUGUUCGAGGCGUGCUUGCCCAAGGUUCAAUGGUUGGAGGUGAAGGACCUGGGAGGCCAAGUUCUGUUCCUCAGCACGAGUUGCUGCAGGGCUUUUGGAUCGCCAGAGCAAUGCCAUCCGAGAUUCCCACGGGGGAACUGUGUGUACAUCUUGGGCGUUGACUGGCACCUGAAGAGGACCGUCGCCGGUGCCAGCUCGUGCAAGUGCCAUGAGUGUCGUCACGUCAGUAUUCCCAGCUACUGCGUGUAUGACAUGAACACAUGUACUGUUAGUCUAGUUUCACUAGGCGGAGGUCACCAGCUAGAAAGCGCCAGGUCGGAGUGGUUCUUUCCAUGCGAGUGAUCGAAAUCUAGAGAGAUAAAUCGUACUAUGUAAAACGAGCAAUGAUCUACCCGGGCCUUAGAUGUUACUUACAAUGCAGUAGAAUUAUAUCAUUUCAUACAUUAAUGGUCCAUUGCAAUAUUCUCCAACUAGUAUUUGAGAAAAUUGGUGGAGCCAACUCGUGUGUGUGCAUGUGAUUGUUUGUGUCUCUGUUAAUGAAUUACCAGCUGCUAAUGGCAACUUGAAGCA